GAUGAAGUCGGUGGAGAAGCCGGUAGCACUUAAAGACGGCCAGUAGUAACAAACUAAACUUUACUCACACGGGUUUUCUCACGAAGUCUUGUAGCCUAUAAACAACUUUAAAAUGGCCGAAGAAGUGUUAAUUACGAGUCCAGGCAAAAUAACGUCGCAUCUUACCUCAUCUCUGCUGGCAGUGGCUUUCCUGACCUCCUUUGGUAGCUCAAUGCUCUAUGGAUACAACUUAGCUGUGGUCAACUCUCCUGCUGGGUACAUUAAAGACUUCUAUAACCGUACAGUGGUAAGUCGUAAUGGAACUGGACUAAACGAGGAGGCCCUGACGCUCAUGUAUUCUCUCACCGUUUCUGUGUUUGCGAUUGGAGGCCUGGUCGGCUCUUUGAUGGUGGGCACACUGGUCACCAAAUUUGGAAGGAAAGGAACAGUGGUAAACUCCACUGUACUGGUGUUCUUAGCAGCAUCUUUCAUGGGGUUCAGCAGGAUCUGCAGCUCGCCCGAAAUGGUCAUCUUUGGUCGUUUUGUCACAGGAAUACAUUCAGGUAUCUCUCUUAGCGUGGUGCCCAUGUACCUUGGAGAGAUCGCUCCUAAAAACCUGAGAGGCUUCCUGGGGCUCAUGCCCAGCAUUUUCAUUUGCGCUGGGGUUUUCUCAGCUCAAAUCUUGGGCCUGCAUGAACUUUUGGGGAAGGAGGAGCACUGGCCACUGUUUCUCUCUCUUGUGGUUGUCCCUACCUUUAUCCAGCUGAUGUUGUUACCGUGGUUUCCAGAAAGUCCACGCUACCUGUUGAUUGAGAAGCACAAUGUUCAUGCCACUAUCACUGCCUUGAAAUGGUACAGAGCCAAAUGCAACAUCCAAGCAGAGAUAGAGGAGAUGCAGGAGGAGCAACGCUCUCUCUCCUCAGGUGAGACCGUGUCUGUCUGGCAGCUACUACUGGACCAAACAGUUCGCUGGCAGGUCCUGUCUGUUGUGGUCAUCAACAUCGGUAUGCAGCUGUCUGGCAUUGAUGCGAUCUGGUUUUACACCAACGACAUCUUUGAGAACGCUGGAAUCCCAGCCCCUGAGAUCCAGUACACCACUGUAGGAACUGGAGCAAUAGAGAUAGUUGCAGGCCUCAUAGGGUGUUUCACCAUUGAGCGUCUUGGGCGAAGGCCAUUGAUAAUUGGAGGUUUUGGUGUCAUGGGAAUUUGUUGUGCUGGGAUAACACUGUCUCUCAUUCUUCAAACACAUGUGCCUUUCAUGAAAUAUGUGAGUGUGGGGUGUGUGGUGGGUAUAAUCGCUGGGUUCUGUAUUGGACCAGCGGGUGUUCCGUUCCUGAUCACGGCUGAGCUCUUCAAGCAAUCCCAUCGUCCUGCCGCAUACACCGUGGGAGGGUCUCUUAACUGGAUGUCGAACUUCACCAUCGGCUUCAUCUUUCCGUUCCUUCAGAGGUCUGCUGGGUCCUACUGCUAUCUGGUGUUCUGUUCCGUGUGUCUGGCAGUGGCCAUCUACGUGUACUUUGUUAUUCCUGAAACUAAAAAUAAGACGUUUGUAGAGAUUAGUCGGAUGUUUGCUACUAAAGAGGCUGUGGAAGAGAGCCAGGCCCUCACUCACCCAGACCAGCUCAAACUGAAAAAGAUGAAUGGAUAUGGUUCACUUGAGAAUGGUUCACUUGAAUUCGACAGCUCUUCUUCCUGUCCUUGAACUCAGAUGAAAGCAAACAAUGCAUAAGAAAGGUUUAGGGAUUAGAUCAACUCUAAUCAUGUCAAUGAUCAUCCCUGCAAUAAAAGCCUGACUGAAAGGCAUGGUUAUGCAGCUAGUGAAUAUUACUUUUGUGCGCAAUGGGCUCAGACUGCAAGAAGGUCCAUUCCUCCUUAUAACAAAACCUGAGCCGAAAUUAGUUUUCAGAAUCAGAUUUAGUUUUGCAAUGAUGCCUAAACAUCCUGAGCUUUGUGAUACCUUGUGUGCAAGGGCAGUGACAUUGACAUGUAUUGCAACAUGUAUAUUGUUCUUGAGAACUUUUGAAAUCACAAGCUAGAUUUUUUUUUUUUUUUUACUAUUUUUCAUGUUUAUGAAAUGUCUUCAUGUAUAUAGGCCUUAUACAUAUGUUUAUCUUAUAUAGUUGAUCUCUUGAUAUAAUGAUCUCUUGCACACAUUGUGAGCAUUGGAUCAUUUGGAAAUACUCAGGUGCUAACAUACCACCUCAUCAGAGACUGCUGUAGCAACUUUAAAUACACUGAGAUCAAACUUGCACAGGUAUUUUACAUAUAACUUUGUUUUAAUAAUGUUGAAUUUUAUUUACAGUCAUUUUGAAUACUGCUACAGCUGUAAAUGUGUAUUAGUACGUAUUGUAUACACUACCAUUAAAAAAUGUAAGGUCAGUAAGUUU